AUGCAUUCAAAGCCAACCACCAAUUUCUGUUUAAAUUUAAAACAAGAUAUCCUCGAUUCUGCAUUUGUCAGGCAUUUUGACAGUGAUGAAGAAGAAGUAUUAUCAAAAUAUAAAGUGCAAUUAUCAAUUAAUACUAAUAUUGAUAAGAUUAAACGACAAUUAGAAUAUUAUUUUAGUUCUAUCCAAAUUUCAACCUCCAAUUUUACAGAAAACUACGCCUUUGGUGCAGGAAUCAACUCAGGAAAUGGAGGAGCAAUUUUAGCCUCUACUUCAAUGAUCAUGGAUCAGCAAAACAGAUUUAUUAGUAAUGUUGCCGAGUCGGGAGGGGCAGUAUGCAGUAUAAGUUCGUCAUUUGCAAUACAACAAAGCCAAUUUACGAAUAAUUUUGCAUUCCGUUAUUCGGGAGCAUGCAUAAUACAAGGAAAUGAUUUGGCGAACAACCUACAAUUUGUUUGUAUAUCUUCAACUUUUGAAGAUAAUAGCUGCGGGAAUACUGGUGGUGCUAUGUCAAUUAUUUUUAACAAAGAUGUCUUCAUAGAUGACUGUACUUUCAAAGGAAAUUCGGCCACAUAUGGUGGUGGCGCUCUUGAAUUACUUAACAAUCCCCAUGUUCAGAUAGUCGACUCAAAAUUUAUUCAUAAUUCUCUAAAGGUGAACAUUUUAACAAACUUUAGUAACAAUACCAACUUGUCACCUCCAAAUUACAUGCCUCGUGGAGGUGGAGCGCUGUAUUUUGGCGAAGUUAUAAAUCAAAAUUCAGAUAGUCAAUUUAUGAGUCACCUUUCCACGCAAAAAUGUUGUUUUAUACAAAAUUCUGCUGGAAAUAACUCUUAUGUCUUUGGAAACAGCACAAGUCCAGGAAAUGAAAUCUUAUUUUUUGGAAAGGUGUCAUGGAACUCCAUUGACGAUUAUACAUAUGAUUUCGAAAACUCAUUCGCAAAGCAAUUUAAUACAAAUGACUUUAAUCGAGAUUUCAAUUUUGGAUUAUUCUCAAUGAAUAGAGAAAUACGAUGUGAUAGUGACAUUGAUGGUACAUUAACUAUCGAUAACACUGUUAAUACCGUUAAAUAUAUCAGUACAACUGAAACAAUUUCAAAUACAAGUCAGGUUUCGGAACCUACAGAAUAUACAUACGUUGCAACACCAAUAACUCGAUUAAUAAAACCUACAACACAAUCUUUUAAAUAUACACAAAAUCCAUACUCAAACAUAUUUAACGUUUACAAUUGUAUAAUUAUACAAGAGUAG